UUGGCGAUGGAGAAUUUCAAGCAGUUCCUGUUCGCUCUGUCCGCCGCAGUGACCGUUGGUUUUGUCUCGAUAAUUUUUGUUUUGAGAUGGGUAUUCUACUUCAAGGAAGGUUUAGCAUGGGAUGGAGGACUGGCCGAAUUCAAUUGGCACCCGGUUUUAAUCGUUACCGGGUUCAUUUUUAUGCAGGGAAUUGCCAUUGUCGUGUAUAGGUUGCCAUGGACCUGGAAGUGCAGUAAGUUAAUGAUGAAGUUUAUUCAUGCUGGCUUAAACAUACUGGCCUUCAUUUUCGCUGCCAUAUCUUUGGUAGCAGUAUUUGACUUCCACAACUCACAAAACAUCCCCAACAUGUACAGCCUGCAUAGCUGGGUGGGGCUAGCAGCUGUGAUACUUUAUUCACUACAGCUUGUCCUGGGAGUGUGUAUAUACCUGAUACCCAUCACCCCAAUAUACCUGAGAGCAGCAUUUAUGCCCCUGCACAUCUACAGUGGCCUGUUCAUCUUUGCCAGUGUCAUAGCCACUGCACUUAUGGGCAUCACAGAGAAGCUCAUUUUUGGCCUGAAAGAUCCCAAAUACAAGGACUCUCCCCCAGAGGCCACCUUUGUGAAUGUACUGGGAGUACUGAUAGUUAUUUUUGGAGGAAUCAUCCUCUGGAUCGCUACUCACCCCUCUUGGAAACGCCCCAGUGAGCAGGUCCUGCGCUCCCUGCCUACUAAUGGGGGUGGGUCAGCUGGCACCAAAGUGGGCACUGCCCUGUCUCAACAAACUGACCCGAUUGACCCCAAAGGCAAUGGAGAUGCCAGGAGAAGGAGCUGUAAAUUGGAGGACUCAGGACAGGUCAACUGAGUAACAUGAAAACCAACUGCUGGUUCUGUCUGUCUGUUGAUGCUUUAAAAAGUUGCAUUUAUCUACUGGCAUUCCCUCAGCAAAUGUAAGCCUUUGUCCCAAAUAGCACCUUGAGGAAUUGUUCCCAACAGUUCCAGAAUGUUGAUUUUUAAACUUUUUUUUUUAUUUGAUGUUAUUGAAUGUAAUGGACAAUGAUUUGAUAAAGAAUUUAACUAGCCUAA